AUGCCUGUCGUAAGUGUGGGUUUUAUUGGCUCAGGACGUCUUGCCGAAUGUGUUGCGCGCGACCUCAUCAAGAACGUGACGCCCCAGCGCAAGUUUAGCUACAAAAAGCAGCGUCUCGUAUCGACAUUGUUGGCUUCUGAUCCAUCCGAGGAGCGACGUCGCGUCUUCACUCGUUUGGGCUUUACAACUACUGAUACGAAUCAGGACGUACUUGCAGACUGUGAUCUCGUAUUCUUAGGUACCAACGUCGAAGAGCUCUUAUGUCCAGGAGCUAAAGUUAUACGUAUGAUGCCCCAAAGUUACUUGGAAAAAGCAGGUGUUCCUAAAGGUGUAUUACCACCAAGAUCAUGGGCGACAGUUCGUGGUUCGUAUGUAAAUGAUCACGAUUUGGAAAAAGUCAUGCGCAUCGCUGGCAUAAACAAAAGUGUUGAAGUGGAUGAUAGAUCGACUUCGUGGGCCUUAUCGUUAAAAGGUAAGGGACCAAGUUUGAACCGCAAAUGUGUCAAAACCGUGAAUAACCGCGUUGAAGCAAAGCACCAGCUCGACAAUCUUCAUAAGGCGGUUGGAACUGAUUUUAAUGGCACGUAUAAACUUGGAGUACAACUCGGUUCUGGCAAGUUUUCUACCGUAUAUAAGGCUUCUAACCGUAAAACGGGUGAGACUGUAGCAGUAAAAGUUAUCGAGAACAAGACUUUGACUCAAGAAGGAUAUGAAGAGCUAAUUGCUGAAGUCGGUGCACUCAAUCGUCUGAAACAUCACAACAUCAUUUCGGAUUUUGGGUUCUACACUGAAGCUGACAAACAUUUACUUGUGCUUGAAUAUUGCAAUCAAGGAAGUGUUCGCAAUAUGAUAGACGAGCGAAAAAUCUUGUCUGAGCCAGUGGCGAAAGAGAUUCUUAAACAAAUGCUCCUGGCGCUCAAUUAUUGCCACAGUAUGGGUCAAGUGCAUCGAGACAUCAAGGCUGAGAAUGUUUUACUACAUAAGAAUGACGAUGCCUCGUUGAUUGUAAAACUUGCAGACUUUGGGCUGUCAGAAGAGCUGCAAGUGGCCAACAAUGGUCAGGCUACUAUAUGUGGCACUCCACAGUAUCUAAGUCCUGAGUUGGUCUCUGGCCGUCUACAUGGUACACCGGCUGAUAUCUGGAGUACAGGUAUCCUUGCCUACAUGAUGCUAUCAGGUCUGGUACCAUUUGAUGAAGCCAAGAACGACGUUGAGCUGUUUAAACUCAUUAGUCUCGGUGCUGUGUGGUAUGAUCAGCCACAAUGGAAUGCAGUGUCUCCAGUGGCGAAACAAUUUGUACAAAGUAUGCUGGACGUUGUUCCAGAGUCGCGACCGUCAGCUACAGAGCUUUUGAAGCAUGAGUGGUUCCAAGAUGCAUAA